AUAACAUUAAUAUGUUAUGCGUGAAUGAUGCACUUACGCUGCAUGUAAGCUUCUAUGGUACUCUGAUCUACUUUCAUUUUGUCAAUUUUGCAAGUUGUUCAGAAUAACAAACUGAAUAGAUAUAAUAAUGUCUUAAGCAAAUCAUCUUUAAUCAGCUGGUAGUAGAAUAUGGAAGUAACAGACAAAAUAGAAUGGUAACAUGCUAUAUUUUGUCAAACAUCUUGCUUGAGUAUCUUCCAGCAGGUGUUAUAUUUGAGAUCUGCAAACAUUUGACUUGGCAAGAUAUUUUCCACAUUAGUCAGACAUGUAGGAGAUUUAACCAAUUGUGUGAUAAAGCAACUAUAUGGCUACAGUUAAAAUCUCUAGAUUUCAGUAAAUGUAUGAUUCCUUUAGACUUUAAAGUUCUAGAUGUUGUCAAAAGAUGUCCUCAAAUAGGAUUGUUGAAGUUGACUAAUGUGGUUUCAUCAGAGAAUUCACGAAAGUUUAGGGAAGAGCAGACAACUCCUGCUGACAGAUUUCUUCUGAAAGUCUUACGCCAUUGUCCAAGUCUAUACACAAUGGACCUGUCAAUGGUAGAAUUAACUGAUAAUUCAGUGAAUGCAAUAUGUACCAAAUGUGAGCAGUUGCAGAGCUUCACUCUAACAGACAAUGACUUCAUCAGUAAUGAAGGAAUUGUAAAUCUACUGUCUUAUCUUCCACAACUAAGUCAACUUCAUAUUAUUAGAUGCACAAAUGUGAUUCCUAUGAUAAAACACAAAGAUGAAGGAAAAGUUCUGGCUCUGAAGGAUAUAAGAAUAGAGUCCUGUGAGUUAUUUAAAGCCAAUGUAUCCACAUUGUUAAAAAGUUGUGUACAAUUAGAACAUCUAUGUUUGAUUGAUAAUGUAGUUCUACAAGGAUUCCCUAACAGUAUACCAAAUACAGAAAAGAGUGGUAUGAAUACUUUAAAAACAUUGAAAUUAUAUUCUCAGCCAGAUAUGAGAGAAGUAAAUUUUGAAAAGAUGGAGCAAUUAGAGUGUUUAAAAGUAAAACAAUGUCCGCAUUUACUUCACGUAAAUAUGUGGGCCCCAAAAUUGCAUUGUUUUCAGAUUGCUAAAUGUGAAAAUUUGAAGUCUGUGAAUUUCUAUGAUGUCAGAUUAACUGAAAUAAAUUUGUCUGGUUGUGAAAAUUUAACUGAGAUAGGUGUUGACAGUCCUGUCCUUAAGUCAAUAGAUAUUUCCGAUUGUAAAAGUUUGACUGCUCAUCAGUUUGUAAUUGGUAUAAAUAUUAAGAGUUGUGUAGACUAUAUAAACAUGAGUGGUUGUAACAAGAUGAAUUCAGCAGAGAUUGAUACCAUAAUACAGGAGUUUCCUAGCCUGAAUUCCUUUGUGUUUGGAGGCGACCACUUAACAAACACAGAAAUAAAUUCAGUAGAUAUAACAACCAUAUGCUUUAAGGCAAAUAAAAUCAUGUCUUGCCUAGCUCUGAACAUUCCUACUUUAAAGACAUUGAGAUGUGACAAGUGCUCAGGGUUAACAGAACAACACUUGAUGGACGGACUGCUGUUUGGGGAGAAAAAGAAUCAUGGAGUUCAGGGAUUAGAAACUCUUAUAAGAGAUAUAGGUGACUAUACUCCAUUUAAAGGUAGAGUAGGGGUACCAGGUUUAGAGACACUAGUUCUGCAACAUGUACCAGGAAUUCAGGGAAAUCUGUUGUGUGAUUCCCUGUCUUAUUUUAAAAAUCUGACAGAUGUUCAGUUGAAAAAUUGUGCCUGUCUGAAGGAAUUACACUUCCGUAACUUGAAGCAGUUAUCUACCUUGACCAUAGAAAGUUGUAAUCAUCUGUCGACAGUCAAAGUCCAUAGCAUGAGCAACCUGAAAAUAAUGACUUUAAAGUGGUGCAGUAUGAUAAAUUACUUCAAUGUUGUCGAUGUGAACUUGCUCAAACUUGAUGUUACUGGAUGUAACUUUGCUCAUUUUACUUUAUUGUCAUCAACAUUGUCAGAUCUGAGUCUGUCAGGAGUUUGUACCCAACCUUCUCAUACAAUGUCUCUCAAAUGUCAAAAGAUGACAGAACUAGCCAUUAAUAAGUGUAAUUCACUGGAUGAUGUGACACUACAUCGUCUUUUUACAGAUAAUCCAAAUAUUACCAGUCUAACAUUGUCUGUUUCUGAUCAUAUAAGGUGUAUAUCAGUGCCAUCAGGAGUGACAUCUUUUAGUAUAACUGCUCUAAAACGACUGCAAGCAAUCACAAUGGAAAAGCCAAUAAAAAUCCAGCAUCUCAAACUCAAUAACCUUAUAAAGUUUACUCCAUUAAGCAGAGUAGACAUACUGAAGACAUGUUCACAAACCCUUACUAAACUAGAAGUUAGAGCAAUUCCAAAAGAGCAAGCAUUAUGCUUAGAGUUACCUUACUUAGAAUCAUUAACUCUUGAUCAGGGUAUAGAUUUAGUUGAAUUAGAAAUUUUCUGCCCAAAGUUACUAUACCUUCGUAUACAGGGAUGUCCAAGACUGAAUCACAUGUUGUUGCAACUAAACAAGUUAUCCCAGCUUCAGGUUAAUCAUAGUUCUCCCUUGUUGGCCCUCAAAACCAUGGUUUUACAUGUAAUACAUGUGCAGCAUGUUGCAAAUGUUUUAGCUCAUUAUUCACCUAACCUCACCACUCUAGAAUUUAAAGGCAGCUAUGUUACAAAAGAAUAUUUAUGUGAGCUUGGAAGAGCCAUAGACAAUUUGGCAGUUGUAAAUUUAUCCAGUUGUAACUUGGAUCAAGAUUUAGAAGACUGUAACAGUUCACUGGUUCUUGAUGGAUCUGAAUGUGGAAGAAGUCUUCCAUUAACUGUCAAUAUACACAAUGAUAUGGAUGUUGGAUGAAAUUAUAUGUUUAUUUAUAUUGUUUAACUUUUGAUAAUGUUAAAAGUAGCAGCUAUCAUGCCUCCGAAUGAAGACUGGUUUCAAUUUGGUUGCACAACAUAUUUUUAAUGUGUCUCAAGCACAGAAUUGUAAAAGUUAGAAAGAUUCAAAACUUUUUUAAUAAUUUUUUUUUGUUCAAUAUUGUUUUAUGGUGAAGAAAUUCUUCACCUGACAGAAAUUAAAGGGUGGGUGGGGGAGAUAGUCACGAUAUUAUGAUUUUUUUGUGUAUUACUUUAUAUUCACUUCUAACAAUUUCUAUUGUGGUAUGAUAUAUUCUCUGUUUGUACUUCAAUGUAAAGAAGGAAUAGAUUUCUUCAAUGCAAUCAAAAUGAUACUGUAGAUUCAGAUAGUAUUGCAUGCAUUUAAGAAUGAACAAAAAUGCAAAAUUAAUAAUUGCAAUUUCUGUAAAAGCUGCAUACAGAUAUAUGUAUCAGAUAUCAGAAUGCAGGUUUGUAUUAUUGCGAUACUCAGUCAGUGGCAUUUUUCAUAUUAAUAAAACACUACCAUUAAUUUAUGAAUAUAUAUUAUAAAUAAAUAUCAUGUCAUUUACUUUACCAGUUGUUUAGACUUCCAUGGUGUUGAUUACCUGCUUAAAUCAGUCACUUUGACCUAUAUUUUAUGUCUGACUGAUUUUCGAUGA